CGCAUGACCUUUGACCCCAACUUCCGGUCACUGUUGACCCCGUGACCCCACCUUCCGGUCAAUCAUGACCUUUGACCUUUGGGUACGCGGUAAACAGGAAAUUGGAUAAUGGAGCGCGGGAAGCGAUUUUAAUUGGAUAAUGGAGCGCGGGACGCGAUUUUAAUUGGAUAAUGAAGCGCGGGACGCGAUUUUAAUUGGAUAAUGACUCCGCGUGGGGACGCCAUCUUAAUUGGAUAAUGAAGCGCGGGACGCGAUUUUAAUUGGAUAAUGACUCCGCGUGGGGACGCCAUCUUAAUUGGAUAAUGAAACGCGGGACGCGAUUUUAAUUGGAUAAUGACUCCGCGUGGGGACGCCACGCUUCAACCCGGAAAUGAUGGGGGUGAAUCUUAAAGAAAGAGUAAAAAGCAGCGCGUGCUAUAAAACCCGCCAACUUGGACACCCGGCGCAUUCUGGACCUCGGACUAACCAGAACAGCUCUGCCUCAGGAACACCAAUUUAUCUACAUGCCAUGUUGAUAACCGUGUGGAUGUUGUUUGCGUUUUGGAAAGCGCCCAUGUGUGGUUUCGAAUAUUGGAAUCAUAUCGAAAAGGUGUUUGAAGAGUGGAAGGCGAAAAGAGAAUCGCCAACUAUUGACAAUCAUGAGUCAAGCAAGGUGGACCGCCGAGGACGAGGCGACGUUCCGCCUCCUUCAGGAGCGCAGGAGGAGAGCAACGGAGCGGCAAAGGCAGGCCAGAGCAGAGGUGGUGGAGAGGAUGCGGGAAGAGAACAUCGAGGAUGAAGAACGGGACGCGAGGUCUGAUAUGGACGCGAUGGAGGGACAUGAUGGGGAUGAAAAUCGAGAUGAUCGGGAAGGCGGCGGUACUGCGGAUGACGGUGAGGACAUGUUUGAUCCCAACUUGGCCGCGCUGGAAGAGGGUGUUGUGCUGGAUAAAGAGACCAUGCGUAGAUUCUAUCGGGUGGAUGGACACAAGGCACGCAAGGUAGGGCGAUUUAAAACUGAAGCCAUUGAUUAUACCAUCGUGGUACGCCCCUUGGAUGCUCUAUUACACCAUCAUGGGGCUAACGAGGUCGUGUAA